CAAAUGUGAAACGUGGUUUCAUUAUUCAAACCUAGCACGCGUGCACCGUAGCAUAAGUAUUUCCAGGUCGCGCUUGAUAAGGAAUUUCCCCAAGUACUUGGCUUUUGCCAUUACUUAUUAAGCUGAAUAUAAAUGAUUUUUGUACUAUGACUGGAAACUAUUGAAAAGAUGUCUUCCUAGCCUUUUGGGGUGCUUACUUUUAUAGUUACAUGGGCAACGAUGUCCAAGGUGUGUGCAGUCUUUGGAGGAUCAAGGGGAAUUGGAAAAGCUGUUUCACAGUUACUGUCUCAGAAAGGAUACAGUGUGGUUGUUAUUGGAAGGAAUCUGGAAGUUGCAAAAGUUACUGCUGCUAGUCUUGGUGGAGAUAGUCUGGCCCUCAGCUGUGAUGUCUGCAGUGAGGAAGAAAUCAAGAAGACCUUUGAGAAUAUUCAGAGAAGCCGGGGUCAUAUUAAUUACCUGGUAAAUGCUGCUGGCAUCAACAGGGAUGGACUUUUGCUGCGGACAAAGACUGAAGAUAUUGUAUCUCAGCUCAACACAAACCUUUUGGGAUCAAUAUUGACAUGCCGUGCUGCACUGCGGAGCAUGCUACAACAACAGGGCGGCGCCAUUAUUAAUAUAGGGAGUAUUGUAGGAUUAAAAGGCAAUGCUGGUCAGAGUGCAUACAGUGCAAGUAAAUCAGGACUAAUGGGAUUCUCCCGUUCUCUUGCAAAAGAAGUAGCUGGAAAGAGAAUUCGAGUCAACAUGGUUAUUCCAGGGUUUAUCCACACAGAUAUGACUGCUGGUCUGAACAAAGAAGAUCUUAAGAAAGUCAUUCCUCUUGGUCGAUUUGGAGACCCUCAUGAAGUUGCUCAGGCUGUGGCUUUUCUUUUGGACUCGCCUUACAUAACAGGACAUGUGCUUGUGGUAGACGGAGGCUUGCAGCUCACUAUGUAGGGAUGUAUAUACCAUUAAGGCAAUAGUACAGAAAAACCCAAAACUUUUUGCAGAGUUGGGAGAGAUGUGAAACAUUAUAAUUCAGUGUAGUAGGUACAUAAAUCAUAUGCUGCUGCUGAAAACGACGCAGCCAUCCCGCUUUUUGUGUGUGAACCACUUCCAUCUUGUAUCAUUGAUUUUUGUUCAGUCUAGGUGAGCUUUGGCCUACUUACCUUUUAAAACCUGGAUAAACAGACCUAAUUCUGACAUAUGUUAAGAAAAAGUUGCAAAUUAAACCCUUUAAGUAUGAUUUUUAUAUUCAUGACAUAAUAUAUUUGAUUUCAUGGGAGAAAAGAACGACUCAGAAAUACUGUUUAUAUAACUGAAGAUUAGUAUAGUAUCUCUUCUGCUUGGAGAUCAUUCAUACAGUUUUAGUGAUGAAAAGUACUUGUUAAUCAAGCCUAACAUUUAAUAAAACUGUAUAUUUGUUAAAAUCUCUGUUAAA